AUGCUUCCUAGAGUUAACAUCCACUGUCCUUUCUUUCAAACAGAGUCCAGCCAGACAUGUUCCAAUGUAAUCCGUAUCCACACUGCCAGUUACGGGCGGAGAGAUAAAACCACCUGCUCUGCUGGACGCCCUGCGAAUCAACUCAGCAAGACCGACUGCUCUGCAUCUACAACGCUCCCUAUACUGUGUUCCUCCAAAAUGUGUGUGUGUGUGUGUCUUACAAGAUUUACGAUAUCUCUUACAGACUCAAGCCAGAUAUGUGAAGCCCAGACCAAAACAAUCAAUUGUGGUCCCCACAAUGUGUUCAAGAUUCAUGCAGCUAAUUACGGACGGACAAACUCCACCAUCUGCUCUGAUAACCAACCUCCACACAAAAUCGACAACACCAACUGCUCUUCAUCCAACACAUUGUCUGUUGUCAAGGAGAGCUGUGACGGACGGCUGCGCUGUUCGAUAAAGGCCUCCAACAGAAUCUUCUCCAAUCCGUGCCCUGGGAUCUACAAAUACCUGGACAUCUCUUAUAGCUGUGUUCCUCUCACAUCCAGCAAGACAUGUGAGGGCAACAUCAGCACACUGGACUGUGGACUAGACGUGAUAAAAAUCCAUGCUGCUAACUACGGGCGGACUGACGGACACACCUGCUCUGUUGGACGAGCUGCAGAUGAGGUCACCAAUACCCGCUGCCGCACCUCACUUGCCCUAGGCAGAGUCAAGGACAGGUGUGAUGGAAAGGAGAGAUGCACACUGGUGGCAUCAAACCAUUUCUCAAACGGGAGAGACAGAUGUCCUGGGACCUACAAGUACCUGGACAUCUCCUUCAGCUGCGUUACUGAAAUGUAGUCCCUCACUGUCCGAGAUUAAGCAAUAGAGCA